AUGUGGACGACCUUUCUUUCUGUGGCAGCUGGGCUAGCCAGUCUGCCAUUGACUCGUGCCUUUAACAAUCCCCCAGGGGUGGACAUCUGGUGCGGCAAGGCUUAUCGAGCAAGCAAUGCUUCAUUCAACCCUGGUGGCUGGUUCGAGCAGCCCUCGUACUCUUCCACCCCCCUGCUCAAUCUCAAGGUCCGGCCACGGAUGAGCAUCUACCUCGAGACAGAUGCAAAGGGUAGCCUUCUCGUCGACACCACCGUCUCUCACCUCGUUGGUGAUCCUCUACCAGUACAGACCAGCACAAAUUACACAGACCAGCACAUCCAUGUCGACAUCCACAUUUCCGCCGACAAGACCCCAAUUGCAUCGAUCACCAACUAUACCCUCCCUCUUGACAUCACCAAGGCCGAAAUUCCCCUCUCCUUCGACGACCUCACCCCAACGCUAACCCCCUACACCAUCACCACCACCGCAUCCUUCUCCAAUAGCAUCACCAACUCCACCUUCACCGCCUCCUCCGAACUUUUCUACCUCCCCCAACGCACCGACGGCGGCAGCGCCACCCGCAUCGACCACCGCACGGGCAUGCUCUCCUACAUCCGCAACCAAUCCGUAACCUGGACUCCAAUCUUCCCCUACACAUAUUACGCCCAAUGGUCUCUCUACUGGGACACCAACACCACCACUCUAACCACCUUCGCCUCCCAAGGCUACAAUGUAAUCCACAUAGUUCCCACCGGGACCCUCAGCGACACCCCCUUCCCCUGGUCCACCUUCACCCCCUACCUCACUUCAUCCGACAUGCACAACCUACACCUCCAAUACGACGUCCUCUUCGACCAGACCAACCUCACCAAGCUCACCGACCAAGUCUCCCACAUCCACACCCACCCCUCCCUCCUCCUGUACUACACGGCCGACGAACCAGACGGUAAAUCCAACCCGUUGAACUCAACUCGUCUCGCCUACGACCUCAUCCGCUCCAUGGACCCGUACCAUCCUGUUUCUCUAGCCCUGAACUGUAAGGACUUCUAUUAUGAGGAGUAUGCCUCGGGGGCAGAUAUCAUUCUGUCGGAUGUAUAUCCCAUCUCCACAAACACAUCUUGGUCUACGGUAUAUGAUACGCCGUGUAAUGCUACGUAUGGGUGUUGUGGGUGUGAUGAUUGCGCGGGUGAGUUCGAGGAUAUUAGCGAUAGAUUGGAUCAGUUCUAUGAUUUUGAUGGGGUUAUUGGAUGGGAGAAGGUGCAUUGGGCCGCGCCGCAGGCGUUUGGGGAGGAGACGUUUUGGACGAGGUACCCUACUGCUGAAGAGGAGGUGGUGAUGGUCAUGUUGAGUGUGAAUCAUGGGGCCAUGGGGAUUGUUAUGUGGGAUUAUCCGAGUAGUGAGGGGAUUGAGCGGGUUACGCGGGAGUUGGCGCCCGUGGUCACCGGGGAGGUGUUUGUGGGGUUUUUGGAUGAGGGAGUUAGAGGAGAGGGGGUGGUGAGGGGGGCGAAGAGGGUGGAUGUUGCUGGGUGGGUAGUGGAGGAGGAGGGGAAAGCGUUGGUCAGUGUGUUGAAUUUGAACUAUGGGGGCACUGGGGAGGUGAGGGUGGGCUUGGAAGGUGUGAGCGUGGCUGGGGUGGAGAGCGUGCUUUGGGGUGGGGAGGAGUGGGUGGUAAAGGAUGGGGAAUUGGUUAGGGAGGGGUUGAGGGGAUUGGAAGUAUGUAUCUUGGUGGUGGAUUUGGUGUAG